CACAUAUACACAGGUAUAAUGUAUACACGGAUACAGGUGAAACCAUCCAGUUAAAUCACGAUCAUGAGACUGAUUCUACUUAUCUUCUGUCUCCCGUUAGUUCUGUGUAUUACUGGAGUAUAUGAGAAGAGUGAGGGUAUAUAUAUAUUAAACAAUGGAAAUUAUGAGUCUGCAGUUGAAGAAUUUGAUUAUCUUUUUGUUUAUUUCUACGCGCCCUGGUGCGGACACUGUAAAGCUCUCGGUCCAGAGUUUGUCAAGGCAGGACAGAUGCUCAGAGAGAAGGAUAGUUUGAUCAAACUUGCCAAGGUGGAUGGAACGGAGGAGACGGAGAUUUUAGACAAGGAAAAUGUGACCGGAUAUCCGACCCUGAAACUUUACCGGAAGGGAGAAAUGGUUCCGUAUGCCGGAGGAAGGAUGGCUCCAGAAAUGGUUGACUGGUUGGAGAAAAAGAUUUCUCCUCCUGCUCAAAUCCUGGAAACCUUGGAAGAUGUGGAAGAAUUUCUGUCAAAGAGCGAGGUUUCUGUUAUCGGGUUAUUUAGCCAGGACGGAGAAAAAAAGAGUAUGUAUGAGACGGCCUGUAAGGAUUAUGAUGACUACGGAGUACAUUAUCCAGUAGGAUUGUCUACCAACAAGGAAGUCGUAGAAAAAUAUUCCGAAAAGGAAGGAAUAGUUUUGUUUAAGAAGUUUGAUGAGUUAAAGGCAAUUUACUCCGGAGACUACAGUACACAGAGUAUCAGAGACUUUAUCACUGAAGAAUCCUUGCCAAACGUGAUUGAAUUUAAUCAUGAAAAUGCGCAAAAAAUGUUUAAAUCACCAAACAACGAAAAGUCCCAUCUCCUGGUUUUCCACAACAGCAGCUUGGAGAGUUUUAAAGAUGAGUUUAGUAUGCUCCGACGAGUUGGGAAGGAGUUUAAGAAACAGGUUAUAUUUGUGAGUGUAGAUGUAGUAGAAGAGGAUCAUCGAAGAAUGAUUGAAUUUCUUGGAGUUCGGCAUCGGAUCAACAACGAUUCAUUCCCUACAAUGAGAAUUAUAACCAUGAAGGAUAACUCUGGUCCUGUCAGGUUCAGACCUGAGGAUACAACAGUUUCGGAGGAGAAUAUCCGAACCUUUGUCUCCGACUACAUAUCAGGAAAGGUUCCAAGAGAAUAUUUUGUUGAACCACUCCCGGAGAACUGGGACGAGACAGCUGUCAAAUAUCUGACAGCUGUUAACCUGAAGAAGUUUGUUGAAGAUGAAACUAAGAAUGCUCUGGUUAUGUUUUAUGCUCCUUGGUGUGGACACUGUAAAACAUUGUCUCCAGUUUGGGACAAACUAGCUGCAAAUUUUGCUGACACUGAUUACGUGUUUGGUAAGAUUGAUGCAACUGUAAACGAGAUCGAUGGAUUCCCAAAGAUAAAUUCUUUCCCAACCAUCAAACUUUUCAUGAAGGAUGGAAGACAGGCUGAAUAUAACGGAGAGAGAACUGUCGAAGGAAUUAGUAAAUUUAUUAAGACGGACGGAGUUUACGGGAUGGCUGCUCCGGAUGAAGAGAUGAACACAAAACCAAACAAGGAUGAACUAUGAUUUCUCAGGGUCGGAGCUAAGGCACGCUCGGGAUAUCUUCUAUAUUUCUUCAUAUUGAAAAAUAAAUAUUGAAUUUUU